UCCAUCUUCAUCACUGUCUUAAAAGAACAACAAACAAGAAACACAAUGUUUUUGUAUACUAUUACUGUUUUUUUUCCUUUUUCCUUGUUUACCGGUUUAUGUGGGUUUGUCUUGGUCAGAGUUUUCACAGAGAACUUUCUCACCACAAUACACUCUUUAUCUCUUCUCCACUCCCUACCCCCCACCCCCUCAAACCCCCCAAUUGUGUCUGUCUUUUCUAUUCUUUCUCUAUUACCCCUUCUUUUUUUCUUUCUUACCCUAUUUGUGUUUGUAUUAUUGUUCUAUCUUUUCCUUCCACACGCUUCUUUUCUCUUACUUUUCCCUCUUUUCUAUCUUCUGCCGCCAUACCCUUUUCUUGGUUUUGUCUAUUUGCUUCAAAGAUUGGUUCUUUUUGUGAUUUAAGCAUUUGUUUGUUUGAUUUCUCUGUGAUUUGAUUGAUAUGUCUAAGAAGAUGAAAAGGGUUUCUUUAGAAUCAUCACCUUAUGUGGUGUUUGAGGAGAAUAAUGCUAGAUUGAAGCAUCAGACUCUAUUGCAGGACUAUCAAGUACUCUAUAAGGACACUAAUGACACGAGGAACAAAUUGGAGGACCUGAAAAUGAGGAAACAAAGAUUAGUUGCUGAAGUUCAUUUCUUGCGCCGAAGACACAAAUACCUAUUGCAGAUGAAGUCAUCAAGUCAUCCUGAACAGCAAGAACGAGCAGCCCUGCUGAACUCAGAGUUUUACUGUAUAAAUGGGGUGAAUGAUCGAUUUCCCAGCAAAAAGAAGGCGAAGCAACACAAACUGCCCCCUCUUCCUGGGCUGAAACAGAAAGCGAGGAUUCAAGUUGCAAAGGAAGCUUCUUCGCAGAAGACGCCUUCUGAUAUUCUUGUGAAUCACAAGCAGGCAUUACAUAUUGGGAAAGACGCUGUUCAGCGUAGUACAGUUUCAGGUUUGAAGCAUAAAUCAAGAGUGUAUAGUGGUAAGGAAAUGCUGCUCCGAAACGCAGCUCCAGCAUUUGAUUUGAAUCAGAAUGACAGGUCAUUCGCUGGGAAUGGUUUUGUUUCGAGGAGUACCACACCUGUCUUUGAUUUGAAUCAGGAAACUGGUCAUGUUGGGAAAGAUGUUGUAUUGCCUAGUCGAGCUCCAGUCAUUGAUUUGAAUGAAAUCUCGAUAGGGGAAGAGGAGCCCCAAGCAAAUUUUGAACCAUUGAACAUUGAGGAGCCAAAGAGAGGACUAAUUCUAAACAUAAAUGAUGAUCAGCACAGAGACUUGAAGUUAUCGAUAUGCAGGAAUGUGGGAGAAGGAACUUCUCAUGUUGAGAAGCGGAAAAUAUCGUGGCAAGAUCCUGUUGCUUUGAGGGUUUGAUCCAUCCUUCAAUUUUCAAUAAAUACCACUUAAAACUUUCGAUCUAGGGCGAGUGCUAUGGAAGUUGUAGCUUAUCCAAAGAGGUCUCUACUGACCCUCCAGGAUUUCUCGGUUAUGAAAAAAAAGUUACCAUUAGAUGUCUUUUCCUCCCUCAAUAUGUAGGUAUGCAUUUUGCCUUUUUGUGUAAAGAAAACUCAGAUAUAUCUAGUGAUAAUGAUACACAUGCUAUAUUGAUUGGCAAUGUGAAAAUAUAGUCAGCA